GCCUACAAGUCUGCUUGAGACUAGGCAGCCAUUCACAUCCCUUGAGACCUUGAAGAUGUCAUCAGUAUCAACUGAGGGUACAGCUGUUGACCCUAUAUUUACUCAGCCUUCUUCUGGCUCUACAGAUUCUAUGGCCACCUCUUCAGGUCUGGAACCUGGGGUCACAUCUACCUUCAGGCUCUCUGGCCUCACUACACCCCCUACAUCCACAAUGACCAUGCCCUCAAGUCUGGCUGAGAGCAGGCAGCCAUUCACAUCCCUUGAGACCUUGAAGAUGUCAUCAGUAUCAACUGAGGGUACAGAUGUUGACACUAUAGUUACUCAGACUUCUUCUGGAUCAGUAGAUACUAUGGCUACCUCUUCAGCUCUGGAACCUGGAGUCACAUCUACCUUGGGGCUCUCUAUACCACCUACGUCCACAAUGACCAUGCCUACAAGUCUGGAUGAGACCAGGCAGCCAUUCACAUCCUUUGAGACCUUGAAGAUGUCAUCAGUAUCAACUGAGGGUACAGCUGUUGACCCUAUAUUUACUCAGCCUUCUUCUGGCUCUACAGAUUCUAUGGCCACCUCUUCAGGUCUGGAACCUGGGGUCACAUCUACCUUCAGGCUCUCUGGCCUCACUACACCCCCUACAUCCACAAUGACCAUGCCCUCAAGUCUGGCUGAGACCAGGCAGCCAUUCACAUCCCUUGAGACCUUGAAGAUGUCAUCAGUAUCAACUGAGGGUACAGAUGUUGACACUAUAGUUACUCAGACUUCUUCUGGAUCAGUAGAUACUAUGGCUACCUCUUCAGCUCUGGAACCUGGAGUCACAUCUACCUUGGGGCUCUCUAUACCACCUACGUCCACAAUGACCAUGCCUACAAGUCUGGAUGAGACCAGGCAGCCAUUCACAUCCUUUGAGACCUUGAAGAUGUCAUCAGUACCAUCUACCCACACAGCUGGUGAUACUGGAGUUCCUUCUACUGUAUCUGAGACUCUUUAUUCCUCCAUCACCAAGAAAUUCCCACCUUCAGUGAUGAUUUCUGACAUCACACCAACAGGCUCAUUUACUAAUGUUUCAACGCUACCUGUAAGCACACCUAGCACAAUACUCAUUUCCACUCUUUCCCUAUCCACAGUGACUAGGUUCUCACCGUCUGUUACCAUACAUGCCACAGUAACACAAAAUAUUGUUGGGACCACAGCCAGAGCUCCUGUGAUGACAGCCUCCUGGUCAGCAAACCUGUCAUCCUCUUGGGUGGUACCUACUACCAUGUCUUAUUCAGCACCUACUGGUUCCUUACCUCUUGAUACCACUGCUACAAUCUUUGCUGAUGCAGUUACAUCACCCUCUGUACCCAUGUUCAAGACACCUUCCAGACUGACCUCAAAUCCCUAUUUUUCCUCCUCCUUAUCCACUUCGGCCUCAUCUGAGACCAUGCUGCUGGGUUCCACGUUAUCCUUUCUGUCCACAGGAAUGACAAGUUCAUCUGCUGCUGCCCAGUGCACAGUUUCCUUCUACAAUAUCAAAAUGAGGUUCUCAGCUUCUGAUAAUGAGUCAACGGAUUCCUUCAGCGAUACAUUUGUCCAAAACUGGGUAAAAGAUGCUUUUUGAGCCAUGUUUUUCACGACAGUGAGUUUGCUCUUACAAAUUUGACGGUAAAAAUGAAAGGCAGAAAUUACUUUCAAGAA